AAAACUAAUAAACCCUGCUCCAGAAAACACGCACAACACACAGUAGCAGAACACUGCUUAACAGCAAUAAUGGCGAGCGAUGCAGACAUGGGUAGCUGGAAUGAUCUUCUCCACUCGUCCUCGAGGCUACUCGAACAAGCCGCUCCUUCCGCCCAGUUCCCUCCUCUUCAGAGGAAUUUGGACCAGUUAGAAUCAUUGUCAAAGAAGCUCAAGGCAAAAACCCUAAGAACUGAAGCUCCUUCACAAUCUAUUGCCGCGACUAGGUUAUUAGCACGAGAGGGGAUAAAUGCAGAGCAACUUGCGCGCGAUCUCAAGUCAUUUGAGCUAAAGACAACAUAUGAAGAUGUUUUCCCUGCAGAAGCAACAACAGUUGAAGAAUAUUUACAACAGGUCCAUGAGAUGGCAAUGGUGUCAGCUGUACAGGAAGCUCAGAAGGAUAAUCUUAGAAGUUUCAGCGACUACAUGAUGACAGUUUUGGAGGAGGACUGGCAAAAAGAAAAACGAGACUUCCUCCAAAGUCUGGGUCGGAUUUCGAGGUUGCCCAGAAUCAAUGUGAUGGAUUCAGGCACUGGUUCUGUUCGUCAAGGUCAAAUAGGGACACUAACUUCCAGUCCUCAUGUUUCAUCUGGUCCAUCUACCAUGGAGCUUGCACCGUUGGCUAAUAAGCCCAUUGUUGAGAAAAAAGCUGCAGCCUAUGGAGAAGUUGUGAAGGACCUCAACAGUGCCAGAGAGCGUGGUUCUUCUUUCAAGCCUGCUACAGCUUUCAAGCUUGCAUAUGAGAGUUUAGGCAUUGAUACAUCUGGAGGCAAAUCAGUUGGCAUGCAGAAAAUGUGGAACCUUGUUUUGACACUGAUGAAUGAGGAUUCAACUCCAAAACCAAAUGUUUCAAGGAAACUAUCAUUGGUAAUGGGAGCUAGACGCCACCUUGAAUGGGGGCAUGAAAAAUAUGUCCUAGAUACAAUACAGAGUCAUCCUGCACAGGCUUCUCUUGGUGGAGCUGUUGAUAAUUUGCAGCGAAUUCGAGCCUUCCUGAGGAUUCGUUUAAGGGAUUAUGGUGUCCUUGACUUUGAUGCGGAUGAUGCUCGUAGACAGCCUCCCAUUGAUACCACUUGGCAGCAGAUAUACUUUUGCUUGAGAACUGGGUACUAUGAUAAAGCGCAAGAAGUUGCCCAAUCAUCUCGUGUUGCACACCACUUUGCUCCUCUGCUCACUGAGUGGAUUGCCUCUGGCAGUCUCGUAUCGCCUAGGACUGUGGCUGCUGCCUCUGAAGAGUGUGAAAAAUUGUUGAGGAGUGGUGAUAGAGUUGGCCGAGCUUCAUAUGACAAGAAAAAAUUAGUUCUGUAUGCCAUCAUAUCUGGUUCUCGCAGGCUGAUAGACAGACUGCUUAGAGAGCAACCCACACUUUUCAAUACCAUAGAGGAUUUCUUGUGGUUCAAGUUGUCUGCUAUACAUGAAUGGUCUGAUGGUUCAUCUUCUGCUGUUCUUAAUGAGGGAUUCUCACCCUACACUUUGGAAGAUUUACAGGCUUACCUAAAUAAGUUUGAACCUUCAUAUUAUACAAAGAAUGGAAAGGAUCCUCUGGUGUAUCCAUAUGUUUUAUUGUUGAGCAUUCAGCUGCUUCCAGCAGUCCUUUAUUUGUCCAAGGAUAUAGGAGAUGAAGGAUAUGGCAUUGAUUCUGUCCACAUAAAUAUAGUAUUCGCUGACCAUGAGGUCCUUUCUGAAGGUGCUGGGGCUGCUCAAAAAUUUGGAGUGAUGGAUGCUUUUGCAGAGGCUUCUAGCAUAAUUAGGCAGUAUGGAUCUGCUUAUCUACGGAACGGUGACCUGUCAAUGGCACUAGAGUACUAUGCACAGGCUGCUGCUGCAGUGGGUGGUGGUGAGCUUUCAUGGACUGGAAGAGGUAGUAUAGAUCAGCAGCGGCAGAGGACCUUGAUGUUGAAGCAACUUUUUACAGAACUUUUAUUACAUGAUGGUGGUAUUUAUCUUCUGCUCGGACCAAGAGGUACCGGAGAAGAAGGUCAACUUGGCAGAUUUUUCACUGAUGGAAAGACAAGGCAACAGUUUCUGCUUGAGGCUGCGCGGCAGUGUCAGGAUACUGGGCUGUAUGACAAAUCCAUAGAGAUUCAAAAGAGAGUUGGGGCAUUCUCUGGAGCUCUGGAGACAGUCAACAAGUGCCUGUCUGAAGCAAUUUGUGCCCUAUCACUUGGUAGAUUGGACGGUGAGAGCAGGACUUCUGGGCUCAUUCAUUCCGGAAAUGAUAUUUUGGAGGCAUUUAAGUAUCAUCCAGAGAUCAGUCCUCAGGAGCGAGAGAAUGUUAUGGAACAGCAAACUGUGUUAAGACAGCUUGAGGCAAUCUUGUGUGUUCAUAAGCUUGCGAGGGUGGGACAUUAUUUAGAUGCUUUGAGGGAGGUAGCAAAACUUCCAUUUCUUCCUCUUGAUCCCCGAGCACCGGAUUUUGCCUCUGACGUAUUUAAUAAUCUAUCCCCUUAUGUCCAAACUUGUGUGCCUGACCUUCUAAGAGUUGCUCUUCAUUGUUUGGACAAUGUCAAAGAUACAGAUGGUUCGCUUCGUGCCUUGAGAACGAAGAUAGCAAACUUCCUUGCAAAUAACGUGAACAGGAACUGGCCUAGUGACUUGUAUGAAAAGGUUGCCCGAAGCUUGUAAAUGACAGAUUAGCAGUGAUUUGAGCUGUCAUUGAGGUUAGUCAUACGCAUAUAACUACUGUACAAAAUGGUUUAAACAGGCUCCAUGUUGAGAUCAGUUGGAGCCAUGUUGUUUGAUGUGUUCUUUUAGAGCUAGAAACUUUUGUUCUGGUGUAAGAUGAUAUUAACCUCUCUUGUUUGCCUGUCCAUUAAUCAUGAUGUUAGAUGUUAAGCA